GUUGAGAAAGUUCUCCAAGACGCUAAAAUUGAUAAAUCUCAAGUUCAUGAAAUUGUUUUAGUUGGUGGUUCUACUUGUAUUCCUAGAAUACAAAAAAUGGUAGUCAAAUCUUUCUAUAACGAACUAAGCGAAAUUGCUAU